AGAACAGUUGAGAUGGGGGAGGAGAUGGGGCCUGUUAGGCGGGAAGACUGGAGAAGCUUCAGGAAGCAUAACCUGGUUAGGAAGUGCCCUGAUUGACUAAAAUAGUAUGGACUGUUGCUGGGGGGUUUUCCUUCUGUAUAGGGGGUGAAACCUAUAGCUUGAGUGGGGUUCCACUGCCUUCACUUCCCAACUUAUGCCUCUCUGGGGGGAGGUGAAGCUUGCAACAACUACCUCCUCAAAAACCUAUCACCAAGCAUCUCGGAAGGUGAUAAUUACACUCUGACAUCACCAGAGGACCCAGAAAUAUUUUUUCAAAGUACAAAUCAUAAACAGAUAUAUACACAGCAUUUCUCCACAGCGCUGUACAUCUUCCCUGUUUAUUCCAUCAGGAGUUGUCUGGGUCAUCAUGGCUGCGGGGGAAUCAUCAAAAGUGUCACUGGAAAGAGCAGAAGAGCAGAAGGAGGAAUGGAAACUGGGAAGUCAAAAUGGAGCAAAGAGACAAGAGGGGAUACGAAUGUGCAAGCUGGCAGAUGAAAGAAGAGGUGGGGAAAUGCAAACAUCCCCUGAUUAUUGGGAAAGUUUUAGCCAGAGAUGUAAUCUAACAAGAAAUCAGAAGACAUACACAGGAGAGAAACCAUAUAAAUGCUCUAAUCGUUGGGAACAUUUGAGCAACAAGCCAAACCUUACUGUACAUAGCAGAGUGCACACAGAAGACAAACCACAUCCUUGCUUGGAAUGUGGAAAGAGCUUCAGACUCAGCACACAUCUCAGUUCACAUCAAAUAAUUCACAGAGAUGAGAAAGAAUAUGAAUGCUUGGAGUGUGGAAAGAGAUUUCAUCAUAGGUCAGGCCUUUCUUCACAUCAAAGAGUACACACAGGAGAGAAACCUUAUAAAUGUUUGGAGUGCGGAAAGAGCUUCAGUCAGCAUUCCACUCUUACUUCACAUCAAAGAGUGCAUACAGGAGAGAAACCUUAUAAAUGCUUGGAGUGUGGAAAGAACUUCAUUCAGCAUUCCAACCUUACUUCACAUCAACUAACUCACACAGGGGACAAACCAUAUAAAUGCUUGGAGUGUGGAAAGACCUUCAGUCAGAGUAGCUCCCUUAGUUCACAUCAAAGAACUCAUACAGGGGACAAACCAUAUACAUGCUUAGAGUGUGGAAAGAGCUUCAACCAGAGUAGCUAUCUUACUGUACAUCAAAGAACUCAUACAGGGGACAAACCUUAUCAAUGCUUGGCAUGUGGAAAGAGCUUCCGUCAGAGUAGCUACCUUACUGUACAUCAAAGAACUCAUACAGGGGACAAACCUUAUAAAUGCCUGGAGUGUGGAAAGAGCUUCAGUCAGAGUAGCUCCCUUGCUGUACAUCAAAGAACUCAUACAGGGGACAAACCUUAUAAAUGUUUGGAGUGUGAACAGAGCUUCCGUCACAGUAGCUCCCUUAAUUUGCAUCAAAGAUCUCAUAUGGGAGACAACCCUUAUAAAGGCUUGGAGUGUGAAAAGAGCUUCAGUCGUCGUCAUCACCUUACUUCACAUCAAAGAAAAUCAGGAGAUAUCUCGGGGAUCAUGUCUGAGGAGGAACCAUCAGAACUGGCACUGGAAAGAGCUAAGAAGCAGGAGGAAGAAUGGAAAUUGGGGAGUCAAGAUGGAGCAAAAAGACAAGAGGGAAUAAAAACGCAAAUGCCAGGGGAUGAAUCCAUAGCUUCUCAGGGUGGUAAAAGUAAAAUUCCGCUGGAAACUUGGGACCUAAAGGAAAUGAAAAUGUCUCCUGAAUGCAGUAAAAGUUGCCCAAAAGCCCUAAAUGCACAUCAGAGAAAGGAUAUGAUAAACAGUAUAAAUGUUUGAAUGUGGGACAAGAUUUCAGGAUAAAUUGAGCGUUCUUGGAAAUCAGACAGUUCACACUAGAGAGAAGCCAAAUACCUCCUUAAGUAGUGUGGAAAGUAUCUGUCAGAACAGAAGUCUUGCUUCCCUUAAAAAAAAACCUUAUAGCGGAGAAAUCCUCCAAAGGUGGCAAGAGCUGUUUUGAUUGGUCCAUAAUCAUUAGCCAUAGGAGAAUUUAUUCAGCAAAGAGAUCGUAUAAAUGCUUGGAGUGUGGUAACAGCUUUAGGUACAAUUCUCAACUGAUUAGACAUCAGAGAAGUCACACAGGGGAAAAACUGCAUAUAUGCCCUCACUGUGCAAAAAGUUUCAGCCAGAGAUAUAAUCUGACAAAACAUCAGAGGAGUCACAGAGGAAAUUACAUAAAUGCUUGGAGUGUGGAAGGAGCUCCAGUCAGAGUAGCUCCCUUACUUCACAUCAAAUAACUCAUACAGGGGAUAAGCCUCACAAAUGCUUCAAGUGUGGAAAGAGCUUCAGUUGGAGAACCUCCCUUAGUUUGCAUCAAAGAAUUCAUACAGUGAACAAAGUUUAUAAAUGUUUGCAGCCUGGAAAGAGCUUCAGUCACAGUAGUUUCCUUACUUCACAUCAAAGAACUUAUACAGGAAACAAACCUUAUAAAUGCCUGAAGUGUGGAAAGGGCUUCAGUCAGUGUAGUUCCCUUAGUGUACAUCAAAGAAGGGGACAAACCUUAUAAAUGCUUGGAAUGUGGAAAGAGCUUAAGUGAGAGUUGCCUCUUGCUUCACAUCAAAGAACUCACAUAGGAGACAAACUUUAUAAAUGGUUUGGAGUCUGGAAAGAGCUUCAGUUGGACUAGCACCCUUACCUCACAUCAAAGAACUCAUACAGGGGACAAACCUUUUAAAUGCUUAGAGUGUGGAAAAGGCUUCAAUGAGAAUAGCUCUCUUCACAUCAAAGAACUCAUACAGGGGACAAACCUUAUAAAUGUUUUGAAUGUGGAAAGAGCUUUCAUCAGAGUAGCAGUCUUCAGAAACAUCGAAGGAUCCAUACAGAGGAAAAACCAUAUAAAUGCUUUGAACGUGGAAAAAGCUUUAAGCAGAGUGACCAACUUUCUGUGCAUCACAGGAUUCAUAAAGGGGAGAAGCCUUAUAAAUGUCUGGAAUGUGGAAAGAGCUUCACUCAGGGUACUACCCUUGCUACACAUUAAAAAAAAUCUGGGGAGAAAUCAUUUGACUGUCCAGGGUGUUUCACGUCAAGUAAGUCACGGGAGGAAAUCGUUUUAAUCAAAUUACUAUUCUUGGUUAACAUCAAAGGAUCCUUAAAGGAGAGAACCCAUAAAAUGCCGAAGGAGUGUAAAGAGCUUCAAGCAUAGGCACUGCUUUAGAUACUCAUCAAAACCUUUGUAUGAGAGAGAGGCAUAAUAGUUACAUUCAUACUGGUGGGAAACUUUGGCCAUUCACUUCUCUGGACACCUCUUCUCCCUAAUAGAUAUCUGUAGUAGAUGCCAGUGGAAGGCAUAGUUAGAAAUGUUUGAACUGGCAAUUACUUUUGAAAUAUUAUUAAGGCUGAAGUUUGUAUGGGCAAGGAAAUGGAAAUGUCAACAGCUCCCAACGGAGUGGGAAUACAUGAUGAAUUGUUUGGCACUGGCAGUGAUUGACAAACUAAUGAAAUUACUAAGAAGAGAGGGGAGCAUUGGAACUAAUGAUUUUGCAGAAUGAUGAAACUAUUUUGUGGAGUUUUGGAAUUCCCAGCAUGUCAAUGCAACACUGGAAAAUAUAUUUGUUUUUAUGAUUGUUUGCAUUUUCUUUAUGAUAGAAAUAACAGAUGGCUGGAUGGAUAGAUUGUGAUGAGAUAUAUGAUCAUAUGUCAUGAUUUGUGUUUAUGU